UCGAAUCCACUAAAAAAAGCUAUAGCCUAAAAGCUAGUUGAUCGGCGGCGGAAUUGCACGGUUGGUUGGCCUGCGGCUGGUUUAGGGUUAAAGUUUUACCAUUUGUUCGGACUGAGGGGAGAGGGAGAGAGAGAUGGGGAUAUCCCUCGACUGCCUGAGGGACAAGAAUCUGAUGCAGUUGAAGAAGCUCAACAUCGCGCUCUUUCCCGUGCGUUACAACGACAAGUACUACGCCGACGCCCUCUCCUCCGGCGAUUUCACGAAGCUCGCUUAUUAUAGUGAUAUUUGUGUUGGUGCAAUUGCUUGUCGUUUGGAGAGAAAGGAAGGAGGAUCAAUUCGUGUUUACAUUAUGACACUUGGUGUUUUGGCUCCAUAUAGGGGAUUAGGAAUUGGUACGAAGCUGUUAAAUCAUGUGUUGGAUUUCUCCGCUAAGCAGAAUAUUUCUGAGAUCUAUUUGCAUGUACAAACAAACAAUGAUGAAGCCAUUUCCUUCUAUAAGAAAUUUGGUUUUGAGAUCACAGAGACGAUAGAGAAUUACUACACAAACAUUAGCCCACCAGAUUGCUAUGUUCUUAGUAAGCUUCUGCCUGUACCUGCCGCAAAGAAAUGAGGGCACCUGUGAUGAAAAUUCAAUGCUUAAAUGGUUCUUUUGGUGUUUCUGCGGGAAAUGAUAUUAAUCGCUCUCCUUCCUAUUUAACUGUAUAGAGAUGGUCAUAGAAACUUAAUUUUAACAUUUUGGUGAUUUUGGCACAAUGAUAGAAUGCUUACUCUCUUUGAUUAAGAACUAGUUGCUGAAGUUGAAUUUCACCCUUUUUUUUUCUGUUCUCUCA